UCAUUCCCCCCUGGGCAGCCCCCUUCUGUUGUGUUUGCCACCCCACCACCUCCACAAAUGAACCCAACACCACAGUCCCGACAGCCCUUUUACACCAACAGGGCCACCCUGCCUCCCAACAGUGGGCCUCGGGGCGUCCCUCCCAGCAGUGGCCCUCGGCCUGUGACGCCCACCCAUGUCUACCAGGCGGGCCCUGGCUCACAAAUGAUGAUGAUCCCUGGACAACAGUUGCCCUUCCCCAGCUCACCACAGGGACCUGCCUACUUCAUACCGGGACAGUACCGGUCAGCAACCUAUGUGGCCACACCCCAGCAAUACCCAGUCCCAGCAGGCACCCCAGGUUACUACCCAGGCACCAGCCCCGCUGAAUAUGGUACUUACGGGGCCUACUACCCCGCCCAGCCUCAGUACACCCCCCCAGUGCAGGCGGCACCCGUCAUUAUGAACCCUGCCCCUCAACAGCAGCAACCACCACCUCAGCCUCCCCAACACAUCCCCACCAAACGGGAACGUAAACAGAUCAGAAUAAGAGACCCUAACCAAGGAGGUCGAGACAUUACAGAGGAGAUUAUGUCAGGGGGCCGAAGCGGCUCUACCCCAACCCCACCACAGUCAGCCGUAUCUGGAUCAGAAAGUACAGCAGUGGCCCAGGCCAACGGUGAGAGCGUCACAGCUGCUGCUACACCAGCAGUGGUUCGACCAGAUGAUAGAGGCAAACCUACGCCCCCUCCUUUGUCAAAGACCCCUGAACUUGCUAAGAGUGACCCGAUCCCCACUGAGGCUACCUCCUCUGACACGAACACUAAGCCCCCUUCACCCCCUCUACUAUCAGAAGCAGAGGACACACCUCUCGACACUAUUUCCACACUUGCACCAAGCCCUCCUGUUGCAGAUGUGAUGGAUGCUCCCCCACUUCGCAAGGAACCCACCCCACCGCCUAAAUCUGCGCCUGAGGUGCCCGCCUACCCUGCACCGCUCCCUGACCCUGUCCCCUCCUCUGCUGCAAAAGACAAAACGGACAAGAAAGCCACAGAGUCAAAGGAGGAGGAGGCUAAAGCAGAAGAGGCAGCUGCCUCUUCGGACACACCCCUCGCUCCUCCCUCCACCACUAACGGUGUCACAGAGGUGGAGCCAGAAAGGCUGUCAGUCGUGUUGCCACCCUGUCACCUGGAUGCCCCUCUGGAGUCUCCCAUUGCACAGCCCGAGGAGCUCCGCCUCCCCAAUGGCCUGCCACUGCCGGCCCCACAAGACCCUGAGGUGCCUGCCAUCAGUACAGCCGAGCAUGACGACAGCCCCAUCGCUGAACCUGACAUUAGCCAGCAGUGUGUCGUACAGACCUCUGCAGCCAUCACUCGGGCAGCGCCUGCACCCGUUGUCCCAGCAACGCCUGCGCCCGUUGUUCCAGCAACACCUGCUCCCGUUGUCCCAGCAACACCUGCACCCGUUGACCAGCCUGCACCCACUGUCCAGGAGAUUCCUGCUGCUCCAGUAACCCAGGCAGCACCCACACAACCUGAGGUGCAAGACGCGAUUCCUCCUGUCGCCCUGGAUGCCGAGGAAGAUAUCCCAGUGCCCCAGUCCAGCGCCAAGGAAGAGAAGCCAUCUCCCGCAGAGAUUGUUUCCAUAGCUGACAGCGACCCAGAAACAGUGCCGACUCCUCCCCCUCCCACAGCAGAGGAAAGGGAGGACACUCCUCCUCCCCAGACGGUCACACCUGUCCUUGUUGAAACUACUAUGCAACCUGCUACGUUUGUGCAAAAGAAAAAGAGGAAGAUGAAGGAACUGAACAAAAAGCAGACAGUGGGAGACCUCCUGGAUGCCUUUAAAGAGGAGCAGGUCGUGGCCACACCAGAGCCCGAGCCAGCCUCUGCCGCAGCACCAGAGACCCAGCCCCCUGCUGCUUCCCCUCCUGCCCCAGAGGAGGCGGACCUGACCUGGGAGGACAAGGAGGACAAGGAGGACAAGGAGGACAAGUUGGAUGCUGAGAACAUUCAGCCAGAUUCGCCGACCGACAAGAAGUACCAGUACAAAGAGGAACAAUGGAAGCCGAUCAACCCAGAGGAGAAGAAGCAGUAUGACAGAGAGUUUCUUCUGGGCUUCCAGUUCAGCUCAGCCAGCAUGAACAAGCCUGAGGGUCUACCAGCCAUCAGUGACGUUGUCCUAGACAAGGCUAAUAAGACCCCUCUGCGUCAACUGGACCCCAGUCGUCUACCAGGAAUGAACUGUGGCCCCGACUUUACACCCUCCUUUGCCAACCAUCGCAGCCGCGCUGGAGGAGGAGGAGGAGGCGGAGGCGGAGGAGGAGGAGGAGGAAGCAGAGGACCACCUCCUGGUAUGGGCAUCGGAGUUGGUGGGCCACGUCGCUCUCAGCCGAUCCAGAGGAAAGACCUAAGGAAAAUCCUCACCACUGUGUCACUCAGUGAGGAGGUGCAGCUGAAUAAGGCAGAAAAGGCGUGGAAACCUUCAACAAAAAAAGCCGUUCGCAGCCGCAGUGGAGAGGAAGCUGAGGAGAACGAUCCAGAGCAAAUAAAGACACAGGAGCUAUUUAAACGGGUUCGCAGCAUCCUGAACAAACUGACCCCCCAAAAGUUUCAACAGCUGAUGAAACAGGUGACGGAACUGACUAUUGACACUGAGGAGAGAUUGAAAGGAGUCAUAGAUCUUACCUUCGAAAAGGCCAUUUCCGAGCCAGACUUUUCGGUGGCCUAUGCCAACAUGUGCCGCUGCCUUAUGGGGCUUAAAGUCCAAACCACAGAUAAGCCGGGAGUCACUGUGAAUUUCCGCAAGCUGCUACUAAAUCGAUGCCAGAAGGAGUUUGAAAAGGAUAAAGAUGACGACGAGAUCUUUGAGAAGAAGCAGAAAGAGCUGGAAGCUGCCUCGGAGGAGGUGAAGCAGCGGCUCAUUGAUGAGCUACAAGACUGUAAAGACAAGGCCAGGAGGCGCUCACUGGGCAACAUCAAGUUCAUCGGUGAGCUGUUCAAACUUAAAAUGCUCACAGAGGUCAUCAUGCACGACUGCAUUGUCAAGCUGCUCAAAAACCAUGACGAGGAAUCCCUGGAGUGCCUGUGCAGACUGUUGUCCACCAUCGGCAAGGACCUAGACUUUGAGAAGGCCAAGCCUCGUAUGGACCAGUACUUCAAUCAGAUGGAGAAAAUCAUAAAGGAGAAGAAGACGAGCUCCAGGAUCCGCUUCAUGUUGCAGGAUGUGCUGGACCUUCGACGGAACAACUGGGUUCCCCGGCGAGGCGACCAGGGUCCCAAGACCAUCGACCAAAUCCACAAAGAGGCUGAGCUUGAGGAGCACAGGGAGCAUAUGAAGGUGCAGCAAGCUCUUGUCUCCAAGAAGGAGUCGGGUGGCGGCCCGGGAGGCAGGAUGGGUGGAGGAGGUUCUGGUGGUCGCGGGGGCCCUCACACCCCAGGCCGUGGUGCUCCUCCUCAGGAUGAGGGGUGGAAUACAGUGCCCAUUUCCAAGAACCGACCUAUUGACACCUCUCGCCUUAGCAAAAUCACUAAGACUCCUGUUCUUGACUUCAACAAUCAGUUGCUUGCCCCAGGAGGCAAAGGUACAUGGGGGAGCUGGGGAAAGGGAAGCAGCGGUGGCACCAGCGCCAAACCUGCAGAUUCUGGCUCAGAGUCAGGCGGCCGUCCAGCUACCAGCACUCUGAACAGGUUCUCAGCCUUACAGCAGCCUUCGUCUUCCUCAGGCCCUUCACUGGACUCAGACAGAAGAGUCCCUCAGAGAAACAGCUCAAGUCGAGAGCGUGGUGACUUCGACCGGUCUAAUCGUGGCAGCGACCGGUUUGACAGACGGGAUGAGCGACGGGACGACCGCGACCGAAACCGGCUGCAGGUCACCAAGCGCAGCUUCAGUCGGGAGAAUGAAGAACGGUGCCGGGAGAGGGAGCAGCGUGGGUCAGCCGACCCUGUCCGCCGAGUAGCAAGCAUGACGGACGAUAGAGACAGAGGCAGCAGAGAGAGAGCCAGGAGCAAAGAGAAUGCCAAGCGGGAGACGGCUGCCACCCCACCACCUCCCCAGACCCCCACCAAGCCUGCCUUGACCGAAGAAGAACUGAACAAGAAGUCCACAGCCAUCAUCGAAGAGUACCUCCAUAUCAAUGACAUGAAGGAGGCUCUGCAGUGUGUGCAGGAGAUGAACAGCACUCAGCUCCUGUUUGUGUUUGUGCGAAACGGGCUGGAGUCAACGCUGGAGCGCAGCACCAUCGCCAGGGAGCACAUGGGCCAGCUGCUGCAUCAGCUCAUUAAAACAGGCAUUCUCCCAACACAGCAGUACUAUAAAGGGCUUCAGGACAUCCUGGAGGUUGCUGAAGACAUGGCAAUAGACAUCCCCCACAUGUGGCUGUACCUAGCAGAACUGAUCACUCCCAUCCUCCACGAGGGAGGGAUCCCCAUGGGAGAACUUUUCAGGGAGAUUUCAAAGCCUUUGAUCCCUCUGGGCAAAGCUGGAGUCCUGCUGGCCCAGAUCCUGACUUUACUCUGCAAAGGAAUGAGCCAGAAAAAGGCAGGCACAAUGUGGAGGGAGGCUGACCUCCAGUGGAAAGACUUCCUCCCUGAGGACGAAGACGUCAACAAGUUUGUGACAGAAAAGGAUGUGGAGUUCACACUGGGGGAUGAGUCUGAGAAGAGCAAAAAGGAGCUGAGCUCUGCAGAGCUGACCAAACAGGUGGACAAACUGAUCAAUGAGAAGGCCGACAACGAAAGGGUCUUUGACUGGAUUGAGGCCAACCUAGAUGAACAGCAGACCUCCUCCAACAUGUUUGUCCGAGCUCUGAUGACCUCCAUCUGCCAGUCAGCAGUCAUCUAUGAGAACCCCUACAAGGUGGACGGUGAAAAGAUCAAACAGAGGGCCAAGCUGCUGCAGAAAUACCUGAAGGACGAACAGAAGGAGCUGCAGGCUCUGUACGCCCUGCAGGCCCUGAUGGUGCAGAUGGAGCAGCCUGCCAAUCUUCUGCGGAUGUUCUUUGACACUCUUUACGACGAGGACGUGAUCAAAGAGGAGGCCUUCUACAAGUGGGAGUCUAGCAAAGACCCCGCCGAGCAGCAGGGCAAGGGCGUCGCCCUCAAGUCCGUCACCGCCUUCUUCACCUGGCUCCGCGAGGCCGAGGACGAGUCCGACAACAGCUAGGCCCCUCCGCUGGGAGGAACUGGUGGGAGUUCAGAGAGGAUCCUUGGGGAGAGCGAAUGUUCUGUGGAUGAUUCAGAGAACUCUGAAUCAGCAAAAUCCUUCUGCAUAAACAGAAAAAAAAACCAAGAAAAAAAUUCUUCAACUGGGAGAGAUUGUAUUAUGGAUCGAACGUUCGAUCAUGUUAUUUUUUUUGUUUCCUUUUUUUGGGUUUCUUGUUUUUCCUUGAGCAAUCGAAUGUCUUUUUUGAAGUAAAUGAAAAUACAGGAUUAAAUAGAGAGAAUAGAUAUGAGAGAGAGAAUGCUGAGAAGCGUUAAAAGCCGUGGGAGAUAAUGUUUCCUUCAGUAUUUUUUUGAGGUUUAUCUCCUGUUUUCAAAUGGCUUUUCCUCGCCACAGCAACACUAUUCAAGACACUUUGCUUAAUGACAGAUAUAUAAGAGAACUUUAAAAGGCUGUUCACAUCUAUAUUUUUGAUGACUUCAUCCUUUGUCAUGUGGACACGACACAGACACGUUGUCAUGUCACAUGUACGGUGUUUGAUCUACAUGACACGCUUGUGUAGACGGCUAGCUAUGUUUCUCUUUCUUUUCCCUUGUUGGAUGAUUGGAGUGUGUUUUGUAAGAAAAUAGAAAACUACAAAGAAAAGUGGCGAGAGCGGACAUUUCAGAUAGGAGUUAGUGUAACGGUUGUGGACUCCCGAGGAUUUCACGCAGACUUUAUGAGGACGGUGUCACUAUGGGGAGGGGGUGAUGAACAUUGACCAUUUUUGCUGCUCGGGAGUGACGAUUGCUGCCCCCGACGCCCCUCAAACCCAAGCCCAAACCCCAGUAUACCCUCCGACGUGUCUGUUUCACAUGUUUCCUGCGCUUCAAAAAACAAACUGUGGACUGAGAAGGGGAGAGCAAGAGCGAGGGCUCACGGCUGCACCUUCCUGCGAAGCCCAUUGUCGGAUUUUAAAAAGAUAAGAUAUUGUUAUUGAAACUUGAAGAGAAAAGUAUACAGUCAAAAAUCCACUUUAAUGAAAAACUUUAAAAAUAGUUUAACAGUACGAAUCCUAAGGCCUUUUCUGCUUCCAUGAGUGGAAAUGCAUUUCAGGAGAGUUCUGUAAAUAUAUGAUGGAUUGUGUAUUUUUUUUGUUUUGUUUUUUUGUUUUGUUUUGUUUUUUUCAAAGAUAAAAUGCUCUUUUCCCUGUAUUUAUAUAUUUCUCUCCUCAGCUGGCAGAAGGUGCUUGUAAUUAUCCAACCCAAGUCAUUGAUUACAAGUUAAUUGAAAAUUUGUAAAUAUUUUUGCUUUACUUUAUUAAAAAGAUAUUUAAUUAAAGAAAAUUAAUGCCUCUUUUCACAUCCAAAACUGGAAGAGAUAAUAAAGAUCGUUGCCAAUAAAA